GAAGAAGAAAAAAAGAAAAAAAAAAAAGGAUCUUACGAAUCGACAUUGCCCGACUUUCAACGCCAUCGAGUCCACUGUCACUCAUUGGCAACCUGUUACAACUACAAAAAGGAUCUUCAAUCUUCAAGCCAACCUUGACUCGGCUGGCCUGGCGCAGAGGGCCCAUCACACGCUCGAAUGUUGCGACGCUGCUGUGCCUGUCGAGGACUCCUAUCCCGAGCAUCGAAUCCUCGACAACAGCUUCUAUCACCAUUAUUGCUGCAGCCAUGGAAUCUACCGACUGCCACGUUGACGCGCCACGCCCGUCGUCCCUACUCCUCGAACAAGCCAAAGGAGCUGUCCCCCGACGAACUAUCGAGCGAGUUCAAAGAUCUCCUCUUCUUCCCAACGAUGUCUCCGAGAGAGCGCUGGAAACCGGGCGAGACCGAAGUGGUGGUAUACGGCUUCAUAGGGAAGAUCAGGAAAGUCUCCAAGGACCUGGCGUUCGCCAACCUCGAAUUGAACAACGGCGAGUACCAGGGCCAGAUCUGCGCAAAGGGCGCCGACCUAGCCGACGCUCUGCGUAAGAUCCAACCUUAUAGCGCCGUCCUAGCUGUCGGGGCCAUGACGGACUCAUCAUCACCCGCCAGGUUCGACAUGGAAAUCUCCUCCAUCCGCUACCUCAACCCAUUCCCCAAGGACAUCAUCGUGUCUUCCGACGCCGUCUUCCCCGCCGAGGCGCGGCACCUGCAGCUGCGAUUUCACGACAAGCUCAAAGAGGCGCUGCGGUUCCGCGCCUUCCUCAAGUCGUCGCUGAGCGAGACGAUGAACGGGUUGGGGUACCUGGACGUCGAGACGCCGACGCUCUUCAAGUCCACGUCGGAGGGCGCCCGCGAGUUUCUCGUCCCGACCCGCCGCGCCGGCUACGCUUACGCCCUGCCGCAGAGCCCGCAGCAGUAUAAGCAGGUGCUGAUGGCGUCCGGCCUGGGGGGGUACUACCAGUUUGCGAGGUGCUAUCGCGACGAGGACCACCGCGCGGACAGGCAGCCCGAGUUCACGCAGAUGGAUCUUGAGCGGUCAUUCGCCACGGGGGAGACCAUCAUGGGGGAUGUGGAAAAGGUCGUGCAGCGCGCCUGGGACGCCAUGAGGGGCGAAUACGUCCUCAGGGACGACGGGACCUCUUUUACCCCGGUCAAGAGGACAGCGCAGCAGUCUUUGGAUGACAACUCGUCUACUCCUGCCACCUCCGACAAGGUCUCCGAAUACCCGCGCAUCUCCACGCCUUUCCCGAGGAUGACAUACGAGGACUGCAUGACCUUGUAUGGCUCCGACAAGCCGGACCUCCGCAUCCCCAACACGAUCCUGCGGGUCGACGAGAACCUGAGCCCCGACUUUGUCGGCAUGAUAUCACACUUGGAAUCGCCGAUAGUGGAGGCCUGGAAGCUUAGCUUGCACGAAGACGUCGACCGGGGAGAGGCCCAAAACUUCCUCCGGGGCUUCAUGGAAACCCUGCACAAGAGCUUCCACCAGAACCCCGACGGAGCGCCGCAGGCUCUCGCGUACGACUCGAGCAAGCCGUUGCAAGGGUUCUCGGCCCUCGGGCCCGACGGCCUCCGCGCCCUCCAAGAAGCCGCCACCCCGUCGUCGGGCCUCUCGGAUCUGCAGGACGGCGACAUGGUCGUGUUCCAAGCGCGCCGGAACCGACCGCACCAGGGCGGGUGGACCAAGCUCGGGGAGUUCCGGGUGGCGCUCUACCAGGCGGCCGUCGAGGCCGGGCUGGUCGAACGAGACGACGCCCGCUUCCGGUUCCUCUGGGUGACCGACUUCCCCAUGUUCACGCCGGACGAGGAAGUCGACGUGGGACAGGGCGGGUCGGCCGGGUUCUCGGCGACGCACCACCCUUUCACGGCGCCGCUGGGCCCCGAGGACGUGGACCUGCUCUUCGCCGACCCGCUCCGGGCAAGGGCGGACCACUACGACCUCGUCCUCAACGGCGUCGAGCUCGGGGGCGGCAGCCGGCGUAUCCACGUGGCGAAGAUGCAGGAGUACGUGUUGCGCGACAUCCUGGGGCUGGGCGACACCAAGAUGGCCGAGUUCUCGCACCUCCUCAAGGCGCUGCGGGCCGGGUGUCCGCCGCACGCCGGCUUCGCGUUGGGAUUCGACCGCUUCGUGGCCGUGCUCAGCGGCGCGAGCUCGGUGCGGGAUGUGAUCGCGUUCCCCAAAAACAACAAGGGUGUGGAUGAGUUUGCGGGAGGGCCAGGUCGUAUCUCGAACGAAGCUUUGGAGACAUAUCACCUUCAGUUCAAGAGACGGAAGUAGGCGAGAGAGAUGCGUGCUUCCUCUCUCUGAAAUACGGUGCUGUACUAUAUAAUGUUGUACAAUCACGGAUG